CCAGCGCUGGCGAUGGCGGCGGCUCCGCGGUGGCGGGAGCGGCUCUUCGCCCUCUAUUUCCUCUCGCACAUCCCGAUCACGGCGCUCAUCGACCUGCAGCCGCUGCUGCCCGCCGGGAUCGCGCCGCGGGCCCUGACAGACCUGUUGCAGCAGUAUGCAACUGCCUUCAGGGACCCCAUGAUGCUGCAGCCCCCAGAGUGGUUCAAGGCGUUCAUCUACUGCGAAGCCUUUCUCCAGCUGCCCUUCUUCCCCAUCGCUGCCUACGCCUUCCUGAAAGGUGGCUGCAGAUGGAUCAGGACUCCUGCCAUUAUCUACUCCACCCACGUGGCCACCACUCUGUUUGCCAUCCUGGCCCACAUCCUGUUCCACGACUUCUCCAGGUCGGAGCAGGGGGGCCCCCAGACGCUGCGCGAGCGCCUGCUGCUGCUCUCCAUCUACCUGCCCUACCUGCUGAUCCCGCUGCUGCUGCUGUUCACCAUGCUCUGCAACCCCCACUACAAACACGUGGAGAAGAGGAAAAGGAAGUAGGCGGCUCUGGAGGUGGCACACACACACCUGGGCUGCACUUGGUUCUGACCCUGCGCUGGUGGAGUCCUCUGGGACAAACGUCUCCCUCGAGUUGGCUGCAGCUCUUCCCAGAGCACCGGCUGCUGCAAGGAAAAAUGGAAUUGCUUGGAGUGCACAGCCCUGCUGCCACCACACACAGCUCUGGCAGGGGCCUGGGCCAGCCUGGGGUCGGCUCUGUGCAGGGCCUCUCUCCCAGGAAAAUGGACUUUUAACCCUUUGAUGUGUAACUCUCUGAGGGGACACACACUCACUCACGCUGCAGCUGAUACUGUUCUUCCAGGGCCCCUUUUUCCAAGAUGACUGUUUGGAAACCACUCAAGUAGGAAAUUUGUCUUCCAACCACAUAUUCUGAAGAGUGCCCAACCCAUUACACACAGAUUUGCAGAGCUGAUCUUCUGAAGCAUUUCAAAUCAUAUCAUGAUUCUUAACUGCCUUGCCCCUUCCUUUAAAAUUUCCACUGCCUUUGCUCUGCUUCAUUUUGAUUAAUUAUAAAUGUCUGAUCAAUGAUAAAUGUGUGCCAAAAUCUGGGUUUAUGAAUGCUUAAAGUUACCCUUGACAACCCGGAGUACUGCCUAGAGGAUUCUGAAGUACUUCAGGAAUUGUAACCAAGGAGUUGGAAAUGUCUUUCUUCCCUAAAAUCACUUCUGGUAUGGAAAUAAAUAACUAAACGCAUUAAACUGCAUUCAGUCUUCUUCAGGGAAUGGCUGAAGGAACUUACAGUGGCCACGAGGUGGUGGAGAGUUCACAGAGUAGCUCCAUGCAUAAGUUACAACUACAGACAGAAGUUGGUUGAGGCUGGUUUGAUCUGGAGCCUGGUGAGGCGACGGCCCUGUGAAGCUGCUCAGGCUCUGCUGGUACAAUUUAGACUUCACUGUGUAAAGCUGAAGCCUUCCCCGGGCUUUGGAAAGGGCAACAUUUCCAUACUGGAGUGCUAAAGACAUACAGAAAAUGCUUCUAUUUGCACUUGAACAUGAGGCUUGUGUUUGUAGUUCAUAAGUAGUUUGUGCACUCCUGGUGUCACUGACACUUGGAAUGGUUUCCCUCAUCAGUCUGGUGCUCCAUCCUAAUAACGCCCAUGAAAGGAUUCAGCUCUCAUAUUACAACAGUCCUGAAUGGACAUUCCUCAGGAACAGUUCAAAGUUCUUAAUUCUCAUGUAGUUUCUGGUUUUUUGUGUCUGUAAUUGGUCCAAUCUGGAAAUAAUACAUUUCUGUCUUUUCUAAUUCUAUAGAAAAAGUAACAUAGGCAAUAUAAAUCCAAUACUGUUGCUUGUAAAUCCCUACAAUGAAAAAUAACAGAGCAGAGCAACUAAUUCUGGUAC